ACAGCCGGACUGCAACUCCCAUGAAACAACUGAGCGGAAAAACGACACUGCGCAAGCGCAGAACAAACGGUCGCGCGGAUGAUUUGAGUUUUGUUCGAAUGGACGGAGUAGAGUGGGGAACGUUGUAAACUUUAGCAAUGUAGAAAUGGCUGCAGUGGUAACAGAAUCAGAAUCAGAACAGUCGCCUCUAAGCGACUCAUCGUUGUCCGGGCGGAGCAUUAACAGAAGUCUGAGACUCGCUGAAAAGGAGAAGAGGAAAAACGAGGCGGAGGACCCGAUUGUUUUGGCCCUGAAGUAUUUCGCUGAGGUUGAAGCUGAUACUCCUGUAAUAGGGAAUGACGAGCUGGACAGGAACCUGGUGUUGGUGGAGACUGUGGCCUACAGAAAUGGGCUUUCCCCAGAAGCCAUUUCUGUCAUGCUGGAAUUUGCUAUGAGCCUCAAAAGGGCGAUGAAUAUAUGUGUGCGGGUGCUGAAAUGUCUGAUUCCUGCCACCGUGGUGCCGCAGGAGGCUGUUGUUCGAGCAGUAGUCUGGCUAAAUGUUGGAAAUUUACCCAUCAGCACUCAGGUUCUUUUCAUAAAGUGGGUGUUGACUAUAUUUGACAUGAUUGAUGGAAAGGAUCAACUUCGAGCUAUUUAUGGCUUCGUCUUCAGCUUCAUCACAGAGGAAAGUCUGUGUCCUUUUAUUUGCCAUCUCUUGUACCUUUUGACCAGAAAGGAAAGUGUCCGUGUCUUCAGAGUCAGGAAGCUACUGGAGGUGCAGUCUAAACUGGGAAGGCAGCCAUUCCUCCUGCACCUACUUUCACUUUACAAAGUGUUUUGCCCUGAACUGGUGACACUCUCCAUUCCAUCACGGAUGAGGUCUGGGUUUAAGAACCACAUUUCUCCAUGGAAAUCCGCCCUGACUGCUGUCCAGAAGAGGAAGGGUUUGCAGGUUGAAUCUAGUAUCAGUCUGGCCUUCACAGUCAAAGAUAAAACCAGCUCAAGGAAAAGGAAACGGCGCUACCUGGAUUUGCCAACACUGAGUCCUGCCACCAACAAAGACGCUCAGACUGAGCAGACCUCCGGCAGAAAGGUGGUUCCUCUGGCGCACAUCCACACCUUUGCUGAGCUGUUGGAAAAUAUACAUCACAUUGAGCUGCCUGCUCAGAUGGGCUCUCUGUUGGGUUCCAGUCUGGCUCUUCAGUACCUGGAUUGUGUGCAGGAUGAGUCUGCCAUCCUACGCCUCAAUUUCUGGCUAGGCUGCACUCUCCAUGAAGAAUUUUUGUUCUGCAGCGACGGAGGAGGCGCCCAGAAUUCAGAGGAAGCUCUCCAGUUUUUGAACAAGCUGCUGUCUGCGCAGCAGUUCCUCCAGGAGGGGUUUUCCAGUUCCGAUGCGUUUCUCUACAAAUUCCUCAACGUCUGGGACGGAUCUCUUCUCCGUCCGGAGAUCUUCGGCCUUCUGAGCAACAUCCCUGUCAUCCCAAGUUUACAAAUCAAAAGUCUUCUGUUUGAGCCCCUCACACAGCUCUUCUUCACAUCCUCAUUAUUUUUCAAGUGUGGACUGAUAGAGUGUUUAAACAGUAUGCUGUUGAAGUGGCUGACCUGGCACUCUGUGUACGCGCUGGAGGAUGACCUGGACAUCAGUCUCAACAGCCACACAUCUAUAAACAUAACUCUGUCAGGGUUCAAGGAUUCAGUGAUGGAUCUGAUUCACUUUGCGGGUCAUUUGGCCUCUGUGGGGCUUCAGCUUGAAAGCUGCCACUCUCUCCUCCUCAGCUUCAUCCUGGACUUCUAUGAGACUGUGUGCGACACAUUCGUGAAGUUUGGCCUUCCCCUCAUGGUGAUGCCCCCACCAGGAGUGUUUUACCCAGCCCUGUUUGCCACAGACCCUGUCAGUGUGGACAGAUUGGCCUACAUCAUGCACAGGUACAAAGUGAACUUGAUAUCAGCUAAGACUCAAGAGAAAACGGCCGAGCAGACCUUUCACAUCAGCCAGCAGACUUUCCAUGAGUUCAACCACUACGUUGUCGUCAUGGUGAACUGCCUGUGGAACUCCAGGAUGUUUCAUCCCAGUGAUGACAUUCAGGUGGGAGAGGAGCUGCUUCUCAAGAGCAAAGUUCCAGAGUACUGGACAAGCUUCGACCUCAUCCACCACCCGGCUUUCGUGAGCUAUGCUGUUGAUUUUCACCAGAAGUGUUGGCCGGACGGAGAGGACAUGGACCUUAAUUCCAUAAAGCACUCCAAGCCAUGGAGGUGGUAUCUGGAGUAUCUGUUCACUCAGGGCUUUAAUGGCCUUAAAGACUUUGUUCAGAGUAACAUCAGAUGGAAGGUAAAAGCAGGCGACGGGCAGGGUGACACGCAGCAGAGGUAGAAACUCCACUCUGCACAGAAGAACAACCACUUGGAUUUUUUUUUAGUACUUGUAUAUAUUCUCUUUGUCUCUUUCAUAUUUUCAUGCUACUUGCAAGUGAACAUCCUUUUUAUGUACAUAGAAUCUUUUUUAAUGCUAAAUCAAGUUCAACUGCUUAUAUUGCAUGAAUAGUGCCAUGCAAAUAAACUAUUAAUGAGGAACAGUAAACUAGUUGGUAUAAUAUGAAAUUUUGUCCCAAAGGUUUGUAUUGCAGGAGGUGGUAGUAACUGCUUUAUCACAUGGUCCUAAAUAGAUUGUAAUAAUAAAGAAUAAACAUUUCACCAAUGCAUUAAUAAGCAAAACAGCAUUGGCAUACAAUAAUAACACUCUACAUCACCCUAAAUGCUCUACAUUAGUGUCAACAACACUUGUAAUGGGGUAAAAUAAUUAGGCUAUCAAUCAGCUAGGUGUCCUGUUUGUUGGUAAAUAUGCUAAACAAAAAGGCAUAAAGAGAAGCAAGCCAAAGGGUCUGUUAUGGUAGACUUUUGAAUGAUCUAACUAGUGAUGUAACAGUUACUGGAUGUUUCUUUUACGUCUUUGUUUCUUAGAAAAACAAACCAAAAAUCAUGAAUAUAGACAUGACUGUUUUGGACAUCAUUGCCUGGUCUCAGACACAUCUGAUCCAUUGUCUGAACACAGAUUGUAGCUUCAUUAAAACAAA